AUGGGAAGAAGGAGAAGGACGAGCGAGAGAAGAGGAAGGAGGAGGAGCAAGAGAAUAGAGGAGGUGAUGGGAAGAAGGAGAAGAACGAGAAAGAAGAGGAAGGAGGAGGAGCAAGAGAAUGAGGUGGGUGAUGAGAAGAAGGAGAAGGACGAGCGAGAGGAGAGGAAGGAGGAGCAAGAGAAUAGAGGAGGUGAUGGGAAGAAGGAGAAGGACGAGCGAGAGAAGAGGAAGGAGGAGGAGCAAGAGAAUAGAGGAGGUGAUGGGAAGAAGGAGAAGGACGAGCGAGAGAAGAGGAGAGGAAGGAGGAGCAAGAGAAUAGAGGAGAGGAAGGAGGAGCAAGAGAAUGAGGUGGGUGAUGAGAAGAAGGAGAAGGACGAGCGAGAGAAGAGGAAGGAGGAGCAAGAGAAUAGAGGGGGUGAUGGGAAGAAGGAGAAGGACGAGCGAGAAAAGAGGAAGGAGGAGCAAGAGAAUAGAUGGGAUGAUGAGAAGAAGGAGAAGGACGAGCGAGAGAAGAGGAAGGAGGAGCAAGAGAAUAGAGGGGGUGAUGGGAAGAAGGAGAAGGACGAGCGAGAAAAGAGGAAGGAGGAGCAAGAGAAUAGAUGGGGUGAUGGGAAGAAGGAGAAGAACGAGCGAGAGAAGAGGAAGGAGGAGGAGCGAGGGAAAAGGAAUGGGGGUGCAGCAUACGACGAGGACGACGACUGCGAUUAG